AUGAAGAAACAUGAAGAUAAGAGGCUCCAAGCUUUCCUCACCAGGUUCAACCUUGUCAAAAGCAUAGUAAUGGAAUGUCAUCCCUCCAUGGCGGUUCAAGCAUUCAAACUGGCCACGAACCGAGGGACGCCGUUCCACACAAGCCUGGUGGUGAAUAUGCCAAAGGCCAUGGAUGAACUGAAUGAAAGAGCUGACGAAUUCGUGCGUCUGGAAGAAGAGGAGGCAGCUAAUGCAAGAAAGACAUCGAUUAUAUCAACAGAGGAGAAGUCUAAAGCCAAGAUCUGGCAUAAACAAGCUUUUUCGCAGCGUCAAACCUCUUGGAAGGUAGAGAAGAGGCCGAGGGAAGAAGAACUGGUUACUCCACUCAAGUUCACCUUAGCUAGGCUGUUCCAAGAAAAUAAAGAUAAGUUUCAUUCUCCCCUACCAAUUAGACAACCUCUUGAGCAGAGGGAUCAGUCCAAACACUGUGUUUUUCAUAGUGAUUUCGGUCACCUAACUAAUGAAUGCAGGAACCUAAGGAGGCAAGUGGAGAUGCUGAUAUCCAGGGGGGAGUUUGCAAGAUAUGUCCAAGGGCCACCAAUAGAGCAGAAUCGACCAGCUGAAUAG